GGCCAAGGAGUGUAAAUGGUGUUCCGCUGCGUCAGCGAGGACCGAACCACCCUUGGGAGGAGGAGCCUGGGGUCUUGCGCCACGCCAGCUGCCCUCGCUUCCCACGAAGGGGCAAUGAGCACUCGGAACGGAAGAGGCGGGGACGCCCACCACGCGAAAGAGGAGGCGGUCCGAAGUACUCCGCGGGCAUCCUUUCUGCGCAAGCGUGCCGCCCAGGCCGGGAGGGGCGGGACUUGGACAGUUGAGGGGCGGGGCCACAUCCUGGACCCACCUCCACUAGCUUGUGAGGUUCGGAGUGCUGGGCGCCCCAACUAUUCUAAGGGCUUCAGUCAGAGGCGCCGCCCAAGAGACCCUGGGCCGGCGCCGGGCGCAGCUGCCUCUCCGCGUUUGCCUGUCCGUCUUUGUGUCUGUCUCAGUGUCUGUCUGGCUGUCUCCGAGCUUGCCUCUACCUUUAGAACUAAGCUUCCCGAACACCGACAUCCCACGAACCCUCGCCCCUUCCCCAUGGCAGGAUACUUGCCUCCCAAAGGCUACGCCCCUUCGCCCCCACCUCCGUACCCUGUGACUGCUGGGUACUCAGAGCCGGCGCAGCAUCCUGGGCCCGGACAGGCGCCAGUGCCUGCCCACGUGCCCCCUGCUCCCGGCUUCGCUCUCUUCCCCUCGCCCAGCUCCGGGGCCGCGGGGCCUGCUGCCCCCUUCCUGCCACUGCCCGUGGUGCCUUCUGGCCUCGAAUUCCUUGUGCAGAUUGAUCAGAUCUUGAUUCACCAGAAGGCUGAACGAGUGGAAACGCUCCUAGGCUGGGAGACAAGUAAUCGGUAUGAACUGCGCUCAGGGACGGGACAGCCCCUGGGUCAGGCCGCUGAGGAGAGCAACUGCUGCGCUCGUCUCUGCUGCGGUGCCCGCCGGCCCCUGCGUGUCCGCUUGGUGGACCCCAGCGACCGAGAGGUGCUGCGCCUGCUCCGCCCCCUCCACUGUGGCUGUGGCUGCUGCCCUUGUGGCCUUCAGGAGAUGGAAGUACAGGCUCCACCUGGCACCACCAUUGGCCAUGUGCUACAGACCUGGCAUCCCUUCCUCCCCAAGUUCUCCAUCCAGGAUGCAGAUCGCCAUACAGUCCUGCGAGUGGUGGGGCCUUGCUGGACGUGUAGCUGUGGCACAGACACCAACUUUGAGGUGAAGACUCCUGAUGAGUCCCGCAGUGUGGGCCGCAUCAGCAAGCAGUGGGGGGGCCUGCUCCGAGAAGCCCUCACAGAUUCAGAUGACUUUGGCUUGCAAUUCCCAGUGGAUCUGGACAUGAGGAUGAAGGCUGUACUGCUGGGAGCCACAUUUCUCAUUGACUACAUGUUCUUCGAGAAGCGAGGAAGCGCUGGUCCCUCUGCCAUCACCAGUUAGAGGCUGCCUCAGGGUGAGGAGAUCAUCACUUCAACCAGAAUUCAAGAUAGUCACCUGCCUUGGCCUGGUCCCUCCUCAGAGGCAACCCCUUUACCCCAUGUACACUGCAGGGGACAGACAGGGGUGCCUGGGAGGCUGGGAGCCAUGAUGCCCCAUCCCUACUAUACUCCCCUGGCCUCCUUCACCUGUGGCCCCCACAUAAGGGUAUGUAUGAGAACCCUUCCCCUGCUACCUCCCACUACUGCCUCCGACAAUCCCUUAGCACACAGGCAUAUUGGCUUUCAAACUUUCCCUUCUC